AUGGCGUCCUUCCUGCCAUCCUUCUUCCAGAAGCGGCUGCUGCGGUAUGCGCUGUCUCGCCUGGAGCUGGUCGACACCGAUGCCCUGGACCUCGACAGUCUCGGGAUUCGGUGGGGACAGAGAAGCACGUUCGAGCUGCGGGAAAUCGGGCUGAAGUUAUCGAAACUAGCCUCUAUCCUCCGUCUUCCCGCCACGUGCGAGCUGCUCAAGGCCCGGAUAUCCCUGCUUCGGGUGACGAUUCCUGCCGACAUCUACAACAGCGGUAUCGUGGUCGAGGCCGAGGGGAUAAAGGUGCACAUCAGGCUGCUGCCAGAGGCUGGUCCUGAAGAUGUGCAGCAGCCUGGGUCACAUAAGGAAGGCAGACCAUCUGCGGAUGGCCCAGAUGCGGACCGUAUCCUCCCAACGACCACCGAUCUAGCACAGUCGUUUCUCGAAUCCGAGCCCAGGGAAGAGAAGGCCGAGUUACAAGCCGCAAUCUCAUCGCAGUCACAAUACCUGCAACGGUCCUCAACGUCUCUCAGUGACGAUGAGGAAGAGCUUGGGCUUGGAAACGAGGGGGUUUCGUUGCCCAGCUUCGUUGCCGCAUUCUUGAAGGGUGUCGCCGAUAGACUGCAGAUCAAGGUGAAAAAUGUGAGCGUCCGAGUCGACAUGGAUCUACGCCAAGAUGGCCCAGUCAAGCGACACCCUGAGGAGAAGCCGGAUCCAGUCUCGGUGUUGUUGUCUGUCCAGGAGCUUUCCAUUGAUGGAGUCUCCCAUCCUGGCUCAGAAACACCGUCGCUGAAGGCUGGAGGGCGGCUAGUUUCGCUCUCCACCAUCCAUGCGAUGUUGGUUUCGGACCCUGUUGUCUUCUCUAAUUACUCUCGUUUUGCAGUCCCCCCUCCGUCACCCUCUACAACACACUCAAAAGUGAGUCAAGCACCGAGCAGAGUCGAUUCACCGCCGCCGCCGCCGUCGCCGUCGCCGCCCCCUCCGCAACGACCACCAUCAUCAGGCUCCGGCUCUGUGCAUGAUCUGACUCGCUCCAUAAUUCUUGAUCGUUCACAUCACGCUGAAGACCAGGAAGACUCACAUGCUAGGCCCCUAGAAGAGUCGGUGUACACUUUUAGUGGUCGGUUCUCUGAUGCCGGAACCGAGGCCGAGUACGGUAGUGAAAGCUACCUACAUGGCCAAGAUGUCUCAGAGGGUCGGUACGAUGAUGACGACAACUUACUUGACAGCCCGGCGUACCUCGACGAAGUUUUCCAUUCUCAGCUUGCUGAGGACAUCGAAGAUUCGACGACCCUUCCCCCGCAACUGUCACCCCAUAGUAGGGACACACCACGCCCUCAGAGUCCUCGAUAUGACUCUUCGGAGUUAACGAAGACGCAACACGAUUUAGGGAAUUCUCGUCCUUUGAUAAGCCUGACUGGUGAGCAUCAUGAUUCGGGUCAUUCUUUGCCAGGGGGUCCAUCCGAAGGUAAUAAAUAUGAGCGAGUCGGGUCACCGAAAGCGGGCUACAGAGCACAAUCACCGGCAAAGUCGACCGUCUCACACCACGGAGAUCUGGAUGAAAGCGAUAGACAGACCAUUGAUACACCAGCUACUGGCUCGAGCAAUUCCAGCUCGCAUUGUGACGAUGACCUCACGGAAUCCAAGCUUUUUUCUCACGAGGAAGCCGAGAGCAUGUACAUGAGCGCCAUUAGCCAUACAUCUAGGAGCUAUACUGCAGACAUGCCUGGGGCUUGGGGAUCGUCGAGUUUCAGCAGGUCACGUCGAGAGCCAUAUAGUCCCGAACCAACCUCUGCUGUUCAGUCAGCGACAAUGCCGGAUACCCAUGUCGCUGAAGAACAUAUGGAAACAGGAGCCUCGACCCCAAAGCUUACUGCUCAAGAUGGGAGCCGUACUGCAAAUGAGGGCAUUCUGGGGAACUCCCAGUCAUCUCUGAGAAAUUCACAGUCAUCCUUUGACCUUCAGCAGCGUGAGCCAGAGGAAAGCGGGCCUAAUUCACUCUCCGGAUCUUUACACGGGGACCCAGAGGUCGCUCGGAAAGUGGUUGACAUUAACAAAAUAACCAUAUGGAUUCCUUCAGAUGUGCCCAGUGAUGAGGCAGAGGCUGUAGAUACAUCGUCACAUGGACAACGUAGCAGACCCGUGAGUCGCGACAUGAAGGCUUCCACCGCGAGUUUGUCUGCAUCAGUGAUGGGUGACAGUAUCGGAGCUUCAAAGCUUGAUCUGUCAAGGCGAUUCCGCAGGGAUUCUACUGCGUCGUCGAUUGCAUUCGAAGGCCCAGAGCCGAGAUCGCCGACCUUAUUGGAGUCGCAAGCAAUGGACCCCCAAUCUAAGAAACACUCAGAUUCCAUUGUGAUCGAUGUUGAUGAUGUCAGUAUUCAGUUCGACAUAGCCACUGGUUGGCUACUGGUGAAGGUUGGCCAAAAGGUUUUGUCCGUCUACGGUGGUGAUUCUGAACAAAAGCGGUCCGGGACCACUCAUCCUGCAGCGGUGCAGACCUCCCAGAAGGUCAGCUUUAACCUUGGUAACUGCUCUGUGAGGUUUUUGGAACACCUGACAGGCUUCCCUUAUCACGGCCAAAAUACGGGGUCUUUGUUUUCCCAUUCGAACUUCUCUUCCGUUGAAGAUGUUAUCUUGCAAGCAACAAUAUCUGGUUUAAAGUCCCGUCUGUCUAUCGUAAACGAUGUGACAAAGUUCCAACUCGACCUGGCCAAAUUCGUCUUUGGAUUUGCUUAUGACGACUUUCUUUCUUUCAAUGAAGAGUUGAAAAUGAGAGAGUCAACGAGAGACGUCUUAUCGCCUAUACAUAGCGAUAUUUCCCUCUCUGUGAUCAAGUCUGCAGGAUCUGCGACAGCCAAUCUUACGACCCUUCCUGUACAUCUGAAUCUCAAUAUCCAACGGCUGGAGGAAACUCUUGGAUGGUUUGGUGGAUUGAGUACGAUUCUGGAGCUUGGAAAUUCCAUGGCUUCCGUGUCUACUGUCCGAGAAGGGAGGCCAGAAGUCUCUAACAAGUCAUCUCGCGGCGUGCAUUUUGAAGGCGUUCCUGCUGCUCGUCCAACUGCUCCAACCACCGGCUCUGUUCCUUGGAAGUUGAACGCCAGAUUCGGUGGCUCUGUGAUCGACCUUGUAGGGGAAAGCUGCUCUAUGAGGCUGAAGACAACUGCCAUCAAGAUUGUUAGCCGGUCCGAGGGCGUUGGAGUACAGAUUGAUAAGGCCAAACUGAAUGGACCGUUCCUUCUCGGUGAUAGCAGUGAUUCCCCGGCAAAAAUCAACUUGGGCAACAUUAGGAUCGAGUACUUGUUCUCUCCAAAGGAGGUUGAUCUGGACCGGCUUCUUUCUCUAAUCACGCCGUCCAAGGACAAGUAUGAAGAAGACGAUGACAUUAUGCUUGAUACGCUCAUCAGGCAACGGAGGCAGGGAGCCGUGCUCCGUAUCACUGUUGCUGCGGCGAAGCUCGUUAUUUCCAGUGUUGAUGAGCUAGGCCCGCUGUCACAUCUCCUGAACGAACUGGGGAAGCUGUCAACUGUCGCAAAGUACCUGCCGGAGGAUGACCGUCCAGGGAUCCUGACGUUGGCUCUAGUUCGUGAAUUAGAGGGCCAAUUCCACAUCGGCGGGAAAGUGGGAGAUUUAAGCCUUAUUUCGAAUGACUUGGAAGUAGCCCAUGUCAGCAUCCCAUCUCUCGUCGCUGCUCAAAUAAGGCGCAUCGCUCUCACGAGGAACAAUGUCGAAGAGCUUAUAGGCGAAGCGUUGCAGCUUCCCGGAGCAGAGAAUCCAGCACGAUCACCCUUGCCGAUGAUAAUGGCUCGUUUUAUCGCGGAUGAGAUGGACCCUACGUCAAGUUCUGUUGCGAAUCUCACCGACCUCCACACUUCGCAGCUCAAGGGCACAUUUCCUGGUGAUCCCGAGGGGACUAAGCCUGAUUCGAUGCCGUCAAAGCUCACUGUUGCUCUAAGAGACUGCGUCCUUGGAUUGAACCCACAUGGUAUGCCUGCGAAAGGCCUUGUCAUCUUGACGUAUGCUCGGUUCGCCGGAGAAAUCCAUGAGGAUGAGCCUUCCGAAGCGACGUUUGAUGUCAAGAAGGCGACCGUUAUGAUUAUCGAUGAUGUGCAGAAUAUUGGUUCAGUGGAUAAUCCCCAUCGGCGCAGUCUGGCCGCUGGCCAGAGUGAGCAGGUUCAAGCAUUUGCCGACAUGGGCUUCGUCCCUGUUUCCUUUAUAUCUUCGGCUCUGGCUGUAGUGAAAGUGGUGCAGCUGGCUGAUGACGGCAAGCGAUCUCUCGAUGUUGAAUUGAGGGAUGAUCUGCUCAUCCUCGAAACCUGCGCUGACUCGACGCAAACUCUAAUCAACCUGCUCAACGGUCUCAUGCCUCCUACACCACCGAGUACAGCUCUCAAGUACCGAACCGAAAUCAUGCCCAUUCAAGAUAUGCUCGCUUCGUUCUCGGGGGAUGCCUUUGCUACGGAUCGCGAACCAGAUACCGAGGAUUCUGCGGGUUCAACACAUGAGCAGCUUGCGCAUGGGAUGGAAGAUAACAUCGACAACGAGCUUGAGUACGUCAGCGACUUUUACCCGGAAAAACCGGACUAUCCAGGCGAUGCUCUCAGCGGCAGCAUGGCAGGUUCCACGUCCGAGAAGAAUCUUCUCGACAGCUUCCAUUCGGAAUAUAAUGUCUCUUCUAGUAUCUCAGGUCUUGAUUUCCAAGACGACCACUUCGCUAAAAAAUCUAGCGUUGGAGGCACAGCGCAUAGGUGGGACUCGACUCACAACACUUAUGGACUCGCAAACGAUGUCAAGCUGCAUGGCAGUCCUCUGAGAGUCAGAGUUCGCGACGUUCACUUCAUCUGGAACUUGUUUGAUGGGUAUGACUGGCGUCGGACGAGGGACACCAUAUCCAAAGCUGUCAAGAAUGUGGAGAUGAAGGCUACUGAACGGCGCGCAAGAGCUGCGAGCCGCCUGUCUCCGGCUGAAGAAGAGGAAGAGUCAGUCAUCGGCGACUUUCUUUUUAAUUCAAUAUAUAUCGGGAUUCCUGCCAAUAAAGAGCCUCGUGAAUUGUCCCAUGAGAUCAAUCGCAACAUCGAUGAUCUGGCCAGCGAGACGGGUAGCUACGCUACUUCGACAACAGUAACCGGAUUGACCUCACGCCAGAGCCAGUCUCCGUCCGUAAGGGGCAAGAAAUUGCGUCUCUCCCGGAGCAAGCAUCAUAAGAUGACUUUCGAGCUGAAGGGAAUCUGUGCGGACCUGGUUGUUUUCCCACCGGACUCGGGCGAAACGCAAAGUUCUCUGGAUGUGCGUGUUCAUGAUCUUGAGAUCUUUGACCACAUCCCUACAUCGACCUGGAAGAAAUUCGCAACGUACAUGUACGAUGCCGGUGAAAGAGAAAGUGGAACGAGCAUGGUACAUUUGGAGGUGUUGAAUGUGAAACCGGUGGCGGACCUUGCGGCGUCGGAAAUCGUCUUGAAGGCCACUAUAUUACCUUUGCGCCUUCAUGUCGACCAAGACGCUUUAGACUUCUUGAGUCGGUUCUUCGAGUUCAAAGACGAGUCCGCUCCUGCUCCAAAUGCCCCUGGUGACGUGCCCUUCUUGCAACGAGUCGAAGUCAACGCCAUACGAGUCAAACUUGAUUUCAAGCCGAAACGGGUUGAUUAUGCUGGUCUGCGUUCUGGACGUACAACGGAGUUUAUGAAUUUCUUCGUCCUCGAUGAAGCGGAUAUGGUCCUAAGACACGUUAUCAUCUACGGCGUUUCCGGGUUUGAUAAACUUGGUCAAACGCUUAACGAUAUCUGGAUGCCAGAUAUCAAGAGGAACCAGCUUCCUGGAGUUCUGGCAGGCCUGGCUCCCAUCAGAUCACUUGUGAAUGUGGGAAGUGGCGUAAAGGAUCUCGUUGUCAUCCCGAUGCGCGAGUAUAAGAAGGACGGUCGUAUCGUGCGAAGCAUUCAGAAGGGAGCGGUUGCGUUCGCCAAGACGACGACAAAUGAGUUGGUGAAGCUAGGUGCCAAGCUUGCUAUUGGCACCCAAACCGUCCUUCAGGGAGCGGAGGAGUUUCUCACUUCUUCCAGUGAGCAGCAGGGUCAUCCAAUCUCUGGUGAUGGGUUGGAGGAUGACUUGGCAGAUGAGGAAGAGAAGAAGCAGAUCUCGCUUUACGCGGAUCAACCAGUGGGAGUGGUUCAAGGUCUCCGGGGCGCAUGUGCUAGUUUGGAGCGCGAUUUGUUGAUGGCUCGAGACGCGAUCGUCGCGGUUCCAGGAGAAGUGAUGGAGAGCGUCAGUGCAGCCGGUGCCGCGAAGGCAGUAUGGAGACGCGCGCCGACAGUCAUCUUACGGCCUGCCAUCGGAGCAACCAAGGCUGUUGGUCAGACACUUUUGGGAGCAGGCAAUACGUUGGACCCCUCGAACAGAAGGAAGAUUGAAGACAAAUAUAAGCGACAUUAG